UCUUUAGGAUUGUGCACUUGUACCAUGCAAACCUAUCAAAUGUGUAGUUUCUCUUAGUUGUGAAAAGAAAUUCACUGAGAUGCUGAGUGUUGUAGUUUCAUUUAUGUUUAAAUUGUGAACCCUUUUAAGCUUUCUUGGGUUUCCUGUCUUUUUUUCUGGGACACUUUCUGCUGCUCUUCGCACUUACAGCUUUUUCAACACUUUGGCAGGUUAACCAAUCAGAGAACUGUUACCAGACAGAACUUUCUUAACUCAAGAAACUCUUGAUGCUGUUCAGUCCUGAAUUCCCCCCCCCCACACACACUUCUUUUGCUGCCAAAAGCAAUAUUUUUGCUCGCCUUCAUGUCCUUAAUGGUCAACUGCCAGCUGAGAACCAUGCUGAAUUUGUUGAGCCCACAAGGGACCAGAGAGGUGGUAGAGUGAAAUUAAGAACGACAGAUGGUCAGAAGGGUAUUCCUAAGAGGAGAGAGCAUGUUGGCCCAAAAUUAUAUACCUGGGGGAAAAUGGGUCCCAACAGCAGUGAUGGCUCAAACAGGACCAUUGUCAUAUGUGGUGCAAACUAAGGAUGAACUGGUCUGCAGGAGAUAUGCAGACAAGCUGGUUGCCACACCUCACCAAUGAGAGGAGGUCCCUCAGAAUAUGGAGCUGGUCCAGAUGAGACCAGUGGUGUCAACCAGUCAUUGUCUCUGCGCCAGGGUUGACCAUAGCCAUGGAGGAGACCACAGCAGCGUCACAGGGCAACAGCAACCCAUCAGAGAGGGGUGUAUCUGUGGAACUACAGGAGCUUCCGGAAGCCCAAGAGACAAUAUUAGAAAAGGUUCCUGAGGCAAACAAAUGGUCUUCUAGGAAUUGCCAACCCCCGAGAGACUGAUCAUGUUCAGUUUUGAAACAGUGUGAUUGUUACCAUGCCUCAUGUCAUCAAUUCAGUGCAGUAAUCACCACCAGUCCAGAGUCAACCAAAAUGUUGGGCAAAGCAGCAUUGUAUCCUAUCAUCAACCGUAACAAGCACAUUAAAUGUGACAAGAGCGAAGUCUUUCAGCAGUUGAAGGACGAGUGCCUGAGAAAAGGUGUCUUGUUUGAAGAUGACGAAUUCCCUGCUAACGAGUCCUCACUUUUUUACUCUGUGGCUGUCCCUUUCAAGUUGGAAUGGAAAAGACCCCCAGAAAUCUGUGAGAAUCCAAAGUUCAUCAUUGGCGGAGCCUCAAGAACUGAUAUCUGUCAAGGAGAUUUGGGUGACUGCUGGUUCCUGGCUGCCAUUGCAUGUCUCACUCUUAAUGAGAAGCUGCUGUACCGGGUCAUCCCUCGCGAUCAAUACUUUACAGAGAACUAUGCUGGGAUCUUCCACUUUCAGUUCUGGCGUUUUGGUGACUGGGUGGAUGUCAUUGUUGAUGACCGAAUUCCCACGUUCAACAACCAGUUGGUUUUUACCAAAUCUGCUGAGCGAAAUGAGUUCUGGAGUGCUCUGUUGGAGAAGGCAUAUGCUAAGCUGCAUGGAUCCUAUGAAGCGCUGAAAGGUGGCAAUACCACAGAAGCCAUGGAAGAUUUCACUGGUGGUGUUACUGAAUUCUUUGAGAUAAAGGAUGCCCCUAAGGAUCUGUUCAAGAUCCUAAAGAAGGCAACAGAGCGAGGCUCCCUCAUGGGCUGUUCAAUUGAUGAAAGUAUAUUUCAUGGGACUGGUUUUAUGCAAAAAGCACAGAUCCAAAGGUUUCUGUCUCGCUGUUUAGUCGCUGCAGAUGGACCUAAGGCCAAAGUUGAUGAUCAGAUCAAGAAUUUUGAUGACUUUCCUGUCAGGUCUUUUGUACCUCAACAGUUUGAAACACGAACAGCCAGCGGUUUGGUCAGAGGACACGCCUAUUCUGUAACCAAUGUGGAUGAAGUCACUUAUAAGGGUCAGAAUGUGAAGUUGCUGCGUUUGAGGAAUCCAUGGGGAGCUGUGGAGUGGAAUGGAUCCUGGAGUGAUAAGGCCCGGGAGUGGUCUGAGAUUGAGAAGACACAAAAGCAACGACUUCAGCAUCAAAUGAAAGAAGAUGGAGAGUUCUGGAUGUCUUUUGAUGAUUUUAAGAGGAAUUUCACAAAGCUGGAGAUUUGUAACCUGACACCAGAUACACUGGGUGAUGACAAGCUCCAUAAAUGGACAGUAUCUAUCAAUGAAGGACGAUGGGUAAAAGGCUGUUCAGCUGGGGGCUGCCGUAAUUAUCCAGACACAUUCUGGACGAAUCCUCAGUACCGAUUGAAACUCUGUGAGGAGGAUGAUGAUCCUGAAGUUGCCGAGGUCCUCUGCACAUUUGUUGUUGCUCUAAUGCAAAAGAAUCGGCGGAAGGAACGCAGGAUGGGUGUCAACUUCCAUACCAUUGGAUUUGCUAUUUAUGAGGUGCCCAAAGAGAUGCAAGGCAAUAAACAACACCUUCCCAAAGAUUUCUUCCUCUACCGGGCAUCUAAGUGCAGGUCUAAGUCAUAUAUCAACCUGCGUGAGGUAUCGCAACGUUUCAGCCUCCCCCCAGGGGAAUAUGUCAUUGUCCCUUCAACAUAUGAUCCUCACCAAGAAGGGGAAUUUGUCCUGAGGGUCUUCUCAGAAAAACCAAACCUAUCAGAGGAAACUGAGAGCCACAUCAUAGAUGACAACCCUAAGCCAAUCAUCUUUGUUUCUGAUAGAAGUAAGAACACUGUAGACUCGAGGACGGCGAAGGAGAAAAAAGCAGAAGAUAUGAGAAAAGCCAAGCCUUUGUCGACAAUAGCUCAGGAGGAGACUGAGGAAGACCUCCAGUUCCGCCGUAUUUUUGAACAGAUUUCAGGAGAUGACAUGCAGAUCUCUGCAUUGGAACUGAAGAAUAUCCUAAACCGUGUUGUUAAAAAACACAAAAUGAAAACCGAAGGGUUCAGUCUUGAGUCUUGUCGUAGUAUGGUUGCCCUCAUGGAUACAGAUGGAUCUGGAAAGCUUAAUUUGAUGGAGUUUAAGCAGCUCUGGAAUAAGAUUAAGACAUGGCAGGAAAUAUUUAAGGAAUAUGACAAGGAUAAUUCUGGCGUAAUUGAUAGCUAUGAAAUGCGCACAGCUGUGAAUGAUGCAGGUUUCCACCUGAACAACCAACUUUAUGAGAUCAUCUCCAUGCGCUAUGCCAAUGAAGAUAUGAAUCUGGACUUUGACAGCUUUAUCUGUUGUCUUGUGAGACUGGAGGGAAUGUUUAGAGCCUUUCAUGCCUUUGAUAAAGAUGGAGAUGGAAUCAUUAAACUCAGUGUUCUGGAGUGGCUGCAACUCACCUUAUAUGCUUAAACGUCUCAGGACGUCUGGUGGCUUACAUGCCUGGCUAUUACCUCAAGCUCAACACCGAAACCUCAACAGUAGAAUAUGCAAAGCCAGUCUCUUCUAUACCUGAUGACAUUCAAUGAUGCUUCAGGAAUCUGGGUGGAAACUAGCCUGUUAUUUAUUGUUAGAUCAGCAUGUCUUACUGCAACUUUGUGAAUCUUUGCUAGGAUGAGAAUACAAGUUUUCUUUAUCUCUCUUGUAUGAUUUUACAAUAAAACCCCCACUCUAGCCUA